CGCUGCGCGCGGUGCCCGGGCCGCGACGGCUCAGGCUGCGGGGCGCAGAGGGGCAGGGCUGGCGACAGGCGUCCCGAGGGUGGGGUCCUGAGGGUGGGGUCCCGCAGGGCCGCUCCUCCCUCGCCCUGAGGCGCGCGCCCGCGCGGGGCUGUAACCCGGCUCCGCUGGAUCGCCUUCCCGGGCCGCUGCACUUCCCUACGCGCUCGGUGAGAAAGUGCCUCCUUCUGCCCGGGACCAGGACCUCUGCCAUCCAGAGCCACAAAGAGACUCUUGCACACAGGCGCAGGCGCGCGCGCACCCUCCACCCCCCACACCCACACCCACACUCGCCCCGAGACACACUUAAGGUGAGGAGAAAGAGUGCUAGCUUCACUUCACCUCCCGCCUCCAGCUUCAGUGGACCAGAGAUCUGCGCUUCGGGAGUCCAGGACAAGUGAAGAAGACCUCCGGGCUACGAAGAUGAGGAGCCUACUUCUUCUGGUGCUGGUUUCCGUCUGCUGGGCAGACCAUCACUUGGACAACUACACUCUGAAUCAGGACAGAGUUAUCCACAUCCAAGCAGAAAAUGGCCCCCGUCUACUUGUGCAAGCGGAACAAGCCAAGGUGUUCUCCCACAGAGGUGGCAAUGUCACACUGCCCUGUAAAUUUUAUCGAAACCCUUCAGCAUUUGCCUCGGGACUCCACAAGAUCCGAAUCAAGUGGACCAAGCUAACCUCAGAUUACCUCAAAGAAGUGGAUGUCUUUGUGUCCAUGGGCUACCAUAAGAAAACCUACGGAGGCUACCAGGGCAGAGUGUUCCUGAAAGGAGGCAGUGACAAUGACGCUUCUCUAGUCAUCACGGACCUCAGCCUGGAGGAUUACGGAAGAUACAAGUGUGAGGUGAUUGAAGGCUUAGAAGAUGACACAGCUGUGGUAGCAUUAGACUUGCAAGGUGUGGUCUUCCCUUACUCCCCGAGGUUGGGGCGCUACAACCUGAACUUCCACGAGGCGCAGCAGGCCUGCCUGGAACAGGACGCAAUGAUCGCCUCCUUCGACCAGCUCUACGAGGCCUGGCGCAGCGGGCUGGACUGGUGCAAUGCUGGCUGGCUGAGCGACGGCUCGGUGCAGUACCCCAUCACCCGGCCCCGGGAGCCCUGCGGAGGCCAGAACACAGUGCCUGGCGUCCGGAACUAUGGCUUCUGGGACAAGGAGAAGAGCAGAUACGACGUAUUCUGCUUCACCUCCAACUUCAACGGCCGGUUUUACUACCUGAUCUACCCCACCAAGCUCACCUAUGACGAAGCGGUGCAAGCCUGUCUCAACGACGGUGCUCAGAUCGCCAAAGUGGGCCAGAUCUUUGCAGCCUGGAAGCUCCUGGGCUACGACCGCUGCGACGCGGGCUGGCUGGCUGAUGGCAGCGUGCGCUACCCCAUCUCCAGGCCCCGGCGGCGAUGCAGCCCCACCGAGGCGGCCGUGCGCUUCGUGGGCUUCCCUGAUAAAAAGCACAAGCUGUACGGCGUCUACUGCUUCCGAGCAUACAACUGAGAGGCCAGGGCAUUGCUCCCAGCGUCACCGAGAACAUGUGAAAGGUGUUUUCUUUGGUUUUGUUUUGUUUUGUUUCAAUACGAACUCAUGCAAGUUACCAAAACUGUGAUAACCCUUUUUUACUGUAAAGAGUCAUUUUCAUAAAGGCCAAUUCAUUGAUUUGUUAUUUGUAAAGCUAUCCUUCAAUAUAUAUUACUAAUGAAUAUAAUUUUAAGGGGAGCUCGACACGGCCAGGAGGCUUUCCUGCCCAGCGCUGUGUGUGCUGCCCUCCCUGUCCCCUCUCCUGACCUGGUCACGUGACAGCCCCAGAUUUGCUCAUGCCCCGCUGAGGCAAAGAGGCCUCCUCAGAGCAGCGGCUUCCACAAGCACAAAUUUUACAUAUUUCUACAAUCCUGAGACGCACUCUGAUGAGAAAAUUAGAGCAACAGAUUCGCAAACCAGGCUUCUUUACACAAAUCGAGGUGCCGAGGGGUUGCACAAAACUGUUUUUGCAAGGGAGCAGUCUAACAGUUUGCUAAAGGUGAAGGUUUUGUGUCUCCAGUAAAUCGCCCUUGACUUCCUCCAGUCCUCCCUCUGUAUACAGAAAACUACAAGAAAUUUACAUGGCUCAGAUGCAUAGUCAUAAACACAAGGAAUCUUCCUUAAUAAUCCCACUUACAUGAGGUCUAAACAUGCAGAUAAUAUUUAACACCCGUGAGAGGCUCCUACCUUCUUCUGAAUAAAACUGCAGGUGUCUGAGAGAAAUCGUUUUACCUUUUGAGUAGCAUUACUGAGUUAUAUUUAAAUUCUGAGAGUCCUUUGCUAGGUAGCGUUUAGCAUCCACUCAGGGCAGUCACAUAGAGAAACUGCUGGGCAGAAAAAUUGUAAAAUUUAGCAGCUUGAUUUUCUGUUAGCCUAUAAAAUGUUACUGUCCUAUAAAAAUAACUUUAACUAUUUAAUAUUUCUUUUUUAUUUACAUUAUAUGAAAAAGUUAAAUCAUAGAGAGAAUGAAUAAGCAUACACUCGCCUAAACAAGGAAUAAACACCCACCUCUCAAUACCCGUCUUCCUAUUUUUAUGUACACUAGAAAGCCCACAUGGUGCCUGUGUCUGGGGACAAAGUCGACAGUGUCAUCCUAAACCUUCCUGGAACUAACAGACAUGGUCAAUGCCAUCAACCUUGCAGGUCAUUAGUAGGAACAAAUGAAAUACUACAGCUGUCAUCUAAGAGUUUACACUAAAAUCUUCAGGGCUUUCAAGGCAAUCUGAGUCCAGCUUCAGAAGAAAAAGUUCUCAUAUAGCAGCUCCAAUCUUAAAUAAAGCUCUGUUUUCCUAUAUUUGUAUGACCGUUGAGACCCCCACAGGGACCAAUAUUUGUAUUCAGAUUGCAUUUCAUGGUUUCUCAUCAUUUCAGGAUUUCUAAUCAAUGGGAUUUAGUAUAAUAACCUAAGGAUGACAUAGCUGGUAUACUUUCAUGAAUGUUUUUAAUGUAGGUUUUUCUCCCAUGAACACGAGCAAAUAAAUCUGUUUUUGAACUGAUUUUAGUUGCAUUUAAAGGUCUAUAAUAAUCCUGAUAAAUUUAUAAAUGUAGAGUCAUAUAUGGAAAGUACAGAGCAAUUGGAAGUCCAUGAAACCAUAACUCUAUUCAUAUAUUAUUGAGAUGAAAUAUUGUAAAUAAAAGUAGAUUCUUGGAUCAAAAGCAUAUCUGGAAAUUUUCAGAUGCUUUAAUAUUAAAGGUGACAAUGUAUGCAUGCACAUUUUAAAGUUAGACCAGAUAUGCAAAUUAUAUAAAUCCAAAGAGAUUAUGAAGUUAAUUCAAAUACUGCUGGUAUAAAUAGAACCCACACUUCUAAAUUAAAGAUACCUAAGUGGUCUAGGGUAAGAGGAAUGUAUUAUUUACAGAGGGGACAGUCUCCAAAAUAGCAACUCUAGCACUUCAGAUAAAAGUGGGGGUUAGCUCAUUGGAGGAAGCCCAUACUUGAACAAUUAUUACCUAUAUUAUAAGAAUUUUAUUAGAAAUUAAAAUGAGAAAAAUUUUCUAUUGAAGCAAGUAUAUAACUUUCAGUUAUUGUCGUAGAACUCUGCCUUUAUAAUAUUAAGUGUAGUAUGAUUUCUUAACUUUUGAAUACUUACUAGUACAGGAUUUGGUGCUGAUCAAAAUCUCUGGAGUGACUGUUAGCUGAUUAAAAUAUAUACCAAUUGCACACAACUUUUCCAUUCUUGAAAAAAAAUCUUAACAGAGUAUUGCUGAACAUAAUAUUUGUCUUCUGAUCUCACCCUCAACAUCAGAAUCCCUAUAUUUUUGGACUCCUAGCUGAAGAAAGAGUCUUUUACCAUUCUGAUUUUGCUGUUUUGCCAACAAAUGUCUGUAGUCCUACUUCAUUGUCCAAAGUUUCUCACUAAGAAUGUCUGAAAAAGAAAAGUUAUCCUGGUCCGAUUCAUAACAGAAAGUUGGUAUUAUGGCAGCUCAUGCAGAAUUUGGCUUUUAGACUUUGAUUAUAGGAAUAUCAGAAGAAUGAAAUGGAAGGCUGGUUUCAAAAUCUUGUUUUCACCAUUUUGUCUAUAAUGAACUCUUGUGACUGUAGAAAGAAUAAAGCAUAUCUAGGAAUUUCACUGAGACAGCUACAUUUUAAAAUCCAAACUGAAAGAAGCAAUUCAUAGAGAAACAGGCCAGGAGUGAAAACAAAUUAUCACAUUCACACUGGAGGCCAUCUUUGAGUGAUCGUUGCCAUGUUUUAUCACAGUAAUUUUUAGCCAACUAUGGUAUUUGUAAUUUUAAACUUUCUUUCAUAGAAAGGGGGCCGGUACCUGUUAAAAAGUGUUAUUUUUUGCGAUAAUAUAGUUGCUUAUUAUUUUGGCAAUAGAUGUAGACUCCAAGGAGAUUCCAGCUUGGUUGCUGGCAGCCAAACUGGGUUUUUGUUUUAUUUCAGGACUCCUGGGGACACAGUGGUGUCAUGGAGUAGCUGGCCACUGGAGAGGACAGGAUUAACGGGGAAUCAAUGAUCUGUUUUAGUUGAGGACAGGUCAGAAAAGGUCAGUGGGCAGCUGACAAGAGUUUUGCUGAGAAGUUAACUUUGUCCGCAGCUCACCACUCCCAGAGCAGUAAUGAUGUGUGAGAGAAGAAAUGAAUCAGACAACAUUCAACCACCCUAUUAGAACACAAAUCUCUAUACAAAGGCCAUUAAUACCUACUAAGUGCAAAUUUGAGAGGAACCAAUCUGUAUUACAAAAUGUUUUCAUUUUCUGUAAGAUAACAAUGAAAUGGUAAACAUUAAAAUUGAUUUUAUGUCACUGCA